AUGGCAGAAGAUGACGCGGAAGUUGCGGAAUAUGUGCUUUUCAACAAGCGUGAUGCCAAAGUGUACCAGGUGCCGCCAGCAACAUCAGCCACAGGCCAUCGAGCUGCCGAUUGGAAGGAAGCCAUUUGGAGAGGAAAUGUUCGGAUAGUGGCACAUGGCAAAACGAUGACUAUUCGGUUGUUGGAUACUGGCUCGGACACUUUGUUCGCGCAAUGUGUCAUCCCCAAUGGUGAGUACGAGCAGUACGUGGAGCGGGUCGUGGAUUCAAGCCGGUAUUGGGUCUUGAAGAUUGUGAACGGAGCGCGCCAUGCUUUCAUUGGCUUCGGUUUCAGCGACAGAGGCGAUGCUUUUGACUUCAACGCGUGCUUAGCAGAUUUCAAGGCGACAUGGGUGGACAAAGAGAAAGAAGCAGCGGCAAUGGAAGCAUUGCCACAGAAAGAUUUGUCGUUGAAAGACGGACAAACAUUUAUGGUGAAUUUGCCCGGAAGAAGCGGCAGGAGAAGGGAGCAAGCUGCAAGUGAAACUGCAAGCGGCUAUGGCAUGCUAGCUCCGCCACCAUCAUCUGCGAGUGUUCCUCUGCAGGCACGCAAAGCUACAGAGGCAGAUGAGUUCGACGAUUUCGCUGAUUUUCAGUCUGCUGCUGCGGCUGCUGCCGAGACUACUGCGCCAUGA